CGACACUGAAGAUGUCGGUUCCGGAAAACUUGUUUGUCGCGACAUACUCCAAUGUCGAUGUCUAUGAAUCCAUCGUCAAGGAAAACUCCCUCAUGCGACGCUGCAAAGACGACUGGGUCAACGCUACCCAGAUCCUCAAGAUCGCCGACUUCCCCAAGCCCCAGCGCACCAAAAUUCUUGAACGCGAGAUCCAAACAGGCACCCACGAAAAGGUGCAGGGAGGGUAUGGUAAGUUCCAAGGUACGUGGGUGCCCUUAGAUAUCGCCCAGAAGCUAGCUGUUCAGUACGGCCUCAUGGCCAUGGUACCGGUCUUGACCUUCGAUGCCACAGCGAUAGACCCCGCAACCAUACCCAAGAAGGUCAAAGGCAGUGCCUCGGCGAAUCCCAGCCCCAAGAAGCAGAAACGGCCGAAGGAGGAAACACCGAAAAAGCCGAAGGCUGCGGCGAAAAAGGGUAAGCCGUUGAGUCUGGUGCCCGAGGGUAUGAAACCGCCUACCCAGGAGGAAUUCCUGUACCUGUUCCAUCUGCAGGGAACACCCGUUAACGGAACGGUAGCUCCCCAAGGGAUCACAGCCAAUGGAGCAACAAUCCCCAAAGCUAAAAUGGCUAAUGGAGGUCAAAUCAAUGGCCACAUUCCAGCUGCGGAAACAUCAUACGAGAACUCAUAUUUGCACCAUCCGGACGUGGCGGAAUUGAAGUCAGAGCUGUACCCGAGGGAACUGAUGUACUCGUAUCCAUCAGCUCCCCCUACGGCAAAACAGUACUCAGAGUCACAUCCAGAGCCUGACUUGGCGGUACUGUAUGCUAACACUCUACUCGAGUUCUUCUCCCAAGAAAACUCACCCAUCCCCCCCUUUAUCCUCCACCCGCCUCACGACUUCAACAUCAACGACGCCAUCGACGACGAAGGGCACACACCCCUCCACUGGGCAUCCUCCAUCGGCAACCUCCAGCUCAUGGAGAUUAUCUUGAAAAAUGGCGGUGACCCGCACAAGCCAAAUAAGCACGGCAUGAACUGUUUAUCGAAACUCACGUCCUUCAACAACUCGUACGACAUGCGCAACUUUGGGCAGAUCUUGGAGUUACUAGAGUCUUGCGUGUACGAGCCAGACAUGAACGGGCGCACGCCUGUCCACUAUGUGUGCCAGUUCAGCCGCAACAAGUCCAAGCACAAGUCGCUGGUGUACUAUUUGCGGGCGAUUCUCGACGCCGCGGCUGCGCGCGAUAUGCUUGCGGCAGUGCUCGACCACCAGGACGUCAAUGGCGAGGCCGCGCUACACCUCGCGGCGAAGGCAAGUAAUCGUGCGGUUAUUCAGACACUCAUUCGCGCAGGUGCGCGCGCAGAUCUCGCAAAUAUUCACGGUGAGACCCCAGACGACCUCCUCAAGCGCUUGGACUCGACCCUCACGUCGGAGUUUGAGCGGGUGUCGGUAGAGGAUAAAGAAAACAGGAAGGAGGCUGCGGAGAAAACCCCAGAGAAUGUCCCGGCGGAUUCGGGCAUCGCGGGGAGACUCGACACGGAUAAACUCAAGUCGGACAAGACCAUAAACAACUCGGAGCCCUCGGCACCUCGUGAGCCUCCAACUCCACAGCAUCUCCACUCGGUCUUGGACGCCCUCGAAGUGACCCUUGCCGUCGAACUCUCAGACACCUCGCGUGAACUCGCGGACGCGGAAAAACUUCUCCAAUCGAUGGACGCAGAAAUUGCUGAGAGCCAGGAAAAGUUCCAAAUCUUAAGCAACUCCAUCGGAACGUUACCUAACAUGCGACAGCAGCUCCUGGCAGUGCAGGCGGAGUAUUUGGCGAAAGAAAGCCACUUAUCGCGACUCUACGAGCGCAGCCAGGCAUUCCAGCUCGCAAAGUUUGUGCAGAUAGAGGAGAGCGCACGCGCUGCGCAUGUGGCACGUGGCGGCGCGACUGACGCACAUGCCUUGACAAUGUUGCAACUCGCGCGCGCGCAGACUGUCAAAGAAAUUGUCGCGCACUUGUCGCAGCAGAACGUGAACCCCAAGAUGAACAACUACCGGAAAUUGAUUUCGAUCUCGUGCGGCCUUCACGUGAGCGAGAUUGAAGAGAUGUUGGACGGGAUCGCGCAAGCAUUAAUGGCGACGGAGUAGAUAAGGCACAGGCAGGAAUGAAGUCUAGGGAUUGAUGGGUUAUGAGGAAACUGCUGUGGUUGACCGGAUUAAUGAAAGAUACACAUAUCCAAGGAGAAUCAACAUAAAUA